UAGAACAGGAAGAUGGAGUGAGACGGAGAGAGGCGAAGAGAGACUCAACAUUAUGUGGAGACAUUGACGUACUUAUUGAGACACAGUAUGUCAGACUAACAGUUUAGAGGUUUCUUCUGAGAAGUUCAUCUCAACAAUAAAGGAUUAUUUUAAAAAAAGAAGCUGUUUCAGAUUUUUCGAAUAAGGAAGCUGCCUGCAGACCUGCUGGGGAUAAUUUUCACUUAAUUUUGCGAUUAGUGGAAUAAAAGAGACUGAGUGGGGGGAAAUGGAGGAGAGGGGUCAAGGAGAGAUGUGGAAGAAGAGAAGGGUUUUUCAUAUCUGCUUGCUCCUACUGGCCGUGCUCCAAAUCACCGCACCCUCCUCAGCUCAAACCACUACUGCCAUCACCACUUCAGCAUCGAACCCUGCAGCUCUCAGUUACCGCACACGGCCAGCUGACGUCACGGUGGCUGUGGGACAAACUGCAGUGUUUCGCUGCGGAGUGCCCAAAGCUUCUCCAAACUUCACAUUCACCUUCUACGGGAGUCACGGCAACUACAGCCUCACAUGCCCCAUGGCUGUGGAAGGUAUCGCCCAGGCUCUCUAUGGAAGUUGUCUUAUGAAGACAGAAGAGUCGUUGGCCGUGUGGACCCUCAAGGGAACUUCUUUCUCCGACAACGGCACACGAGUCGUAUGUCAGCAGUCAAAGAAUCCUGAUGCACCUGCUGCCGUCCUACAUGUUUAUGGUAACAGUGCAAGCUUCGUCACUCUCAUUGCCUGUGUCAUUGGGGGCUUCUUUGGCAUCCUGUUGGUGUUUGGUUUAUUGUGUAUCGUGCUGCGGAGAUCUGAGACCCUCCAGAAGUGGUUCAAGGGAAAAGAAACAGAAGAUGAUAUUACCACAAUAGUAACAAAGGAGUAAAAGGAGACAGAAAGCCGUUGCUUGAUGUUGCUUCUCACAAGCUACUGUACUUUGCAUGAGACAAAGUACAGUAGCUCGUAGUUCUACAGUUACACAAAGUAUGCUCAGGGGUUGGUUUUUAUGCUGUAUUCUGUCUUUUAAUUUCUUCAGAUGUUUUGAUGAUAACAUUUCUGUAUUAUGCACUUGUUUAUUGCUUGUUCUCAUUUUCUUGUUGCCUAUUGACCCUGUACACAAUGUUAACGUUUCAUGAUGUCAGAACAAAAACUGAUUUGAAAAGGUGCAAUAUACACCA